AUGGAGAACUUAAGAGAACUUAAGAGAAUCUUGGAGAAGACAGUUGGAACUACUAGGAAGGACUGGGCACGGAAGCAAGAUGUUGCAUUGUGGGCUUAUAGAACAGCAUUCAAGACCUCCAUUGGAAGAUCACCCAACCAACUGGUGUAUGAAAAGGCAUGCUAUCUUCUUGUGGAACUCGAAAAAAAGGCAUUUUGGGCUACUAAAUUCCUUAAUCUUGAUGCUCAAGAAGUAGGGGAGAAGAGGUUAUUGCAAAUCAAUGAGAUGGAGGAAUUCAGAUUGGAAGCUUAUGAGAAUGCUUGGAUCUAUAAGGAAAGGACCGAGAAAUGGCAUGACAAAAGAAUUGCAAACAGAGUAUUUGAGCCAGGGCAAAAGGUUCUCUUGUUCAACUCCAAGCUAAAGAUAUUCCCUGAAAAGUUGAGAUCAAAAUGGGUUGGUUCCUACUUGGUGACUAGGGUCUCCCCACAUGGCUAUGUUGAGCUCUAA